AGUUGGGGGCGAGUGAGGGAGAGCAAUGGGCAUAGAAAAGAGGCUUGUACUGACUGAGGAAAGUGAUAAACAAGAGGAGAGAGCAGGGAGCACAUGGGAAACGAGUCAGUAGAAGUUAAAAUAACGGGACAGUGAAGAAGUGACUCCUCCCUCGGAGGCUACAGCACCAUUGGCUCCUAACUGCUAUACUUAUCCGUCUUCUACAAGGAACUGAAGCUAAAUGAGCCAUCUCCUGCUUCUGACCCACGAGGCUUCACUCCCGCACCCCUGCAACGAAGUGUUCUAUUGAAGCCUCUCCUACCCUGUUGCAUAGCGCCUCUGCGCCUCAUCAUGUGCCACCGAGACUGAGCUGAAAGCUCCCCACCCCUCAGCUAUUUGCACCCUCUCUCUCUCCCACUGCAGCCUGAGUCCCCGGAGUGACAGCAAGCGGGUGCUGCUGAGCAUGGCCUUCCCCGGGCAACUCUGUCUAUGGCUUUUGGGGUUUUCUGUGGCGCUGGGGCAGGAGGGUAACAGUUGGGGGCAGAUGGUCCAGUGGGAAGAGAGUGGGAGGCGCCAUCGGCUACUAAAUUCAGGUUCUGAGUACCAGGCGACAGGGGGAGGUACUGGUGGAUCCCGAGUCCUGCUGGAUGGGAGCCGUAACGAAGGCUCGAACCUCCGCCGCCGUCAAGCACCUAGUUCUCCGCGCACUAGCUCCCAAACAGUCAGGGGGAAUACCAGACACCCCUUUGGCUUCGGCCAAGUGUCCGAAAACUGGCGCAGCGUAAGCGAAUCAGCAAGCACUGGGCGCUUCGUCCCCUCCGCAGGGGCCGGCGGUGGUGGCGGAAGGAUACGUCAGUCGUCUUCCCAGGCUUCUGUGGGUACACAGUUUUUCCCAAGGCCCCAACCCCCUUUUGUUCCCCAAGCUGACUUAAAUCCUCAGGGAUAUGAUGAUGGCUACGGGUACCAGAGAGCAGGAGGAGGGGGAGAAGGCUUUUAUGCGCAGUCAUGGGCUGGGGGGUAUGAGGACUUUUGGGAGGAGCCCUCACCACCUUUUGCACAACCCCCUUAUUUUGGUAAUCCCCCUAUUCUACCACCAGAACAAGCUCCUCAAGCCAACCCAGUGUUGCCCCAGGAUGGGCUGGAUCGCCGCUUUGCUCAUAGUCUGUUCCGUGGUGAAGACCCCCCAGUCUUAGCUAGUGAUCCUGUCCGCCCUAGUUAUGCUGGUGGGGGUGAUGCUGGGUUCCCUCCUUCUGGAGGGGUGAGAGAGGGAGAUGGAGGACAUUAUGCUCCAUCUAGACCAGAACCAGCCCUGCACCCAGCCAGAGUACCAAGUGUCCCAGCCUCAGGAGGCCAAGCCCAGGUUGAGCAACAAGGCAGAGCCAGCGCAGGGAGCGUAUACCGAGGCAACCAAAAUGGCAGAGGGCUACCUGAUUUGGUACCUGAUCCUAGCUAUGUCCAAGCUGCUACAUACAUUCAGCGAGCUCAUCUGUAUUCUCUGAGGUGUGCUGCCGAAGAGCACUGUCUCUCAAGCUCUGCAUACUCUGCUGAAGCCACAGAUUAUGAUGUUCGAGUUCUUCUGCGCUUUCCGCAAAGAGUGAAAAAUCAGGGAACUGCUGACUUUCUGCCUACACGCCCACACCAGGCCUGGGAAUGGCACAGCUGCCACCAGCACUAUCACAGUAUGGAUGAGUUCAGUCAUUACGACUUGCUGGAUGCUACAACUGGCAGAAAAGUUGCAGAGGGACAUAAAGCCAACUUCUGUUUAGAGGACACUACAUGUGACUUUGGGAACUUAAAGCGAUAUACAUGCACUUCACACACUCAGGGCCUGAGUCCUGGGUGCUACGAUACGUACAAUGCAGAUAUAGACUGUCAGUGGAUCGAUAUCACAGAGGUGAAACCUGGAAACUAUAUACUAAAGGUUGUAGUGAAUCCCAAGUUUAAGGUUCUGGAGUCGGACUUCACCAAUAACGUGGUGCGCUGUAAUAUCCACUAUACUGGACGUUAUGCAUCUGCUACAAACUGCCGCAUUACACAGUUUUGAGCAAGACUUUCAAGUACAACGUACCUAUGGGAGAUCAAGUUCCUGAACAAAUCAGUUUCUUUUUCUUUCUUACUCACACUGGGAUUUGUAUUAAUAUUUGUGUAAAAAGAUUUUAUUUUUUUAAAUAAAAUCUAUUUUCUAAUUUUCAAACAGAUUCAUGAAUCAGAAUUGACAUCUAGUGAGGGUAAACAAGGCAUUAACAAAGUCGUAAAAUAAAAAUGUUUGUUCUCUUCAAAA